UUUACAAGAAAUGUUUCUGUACAAUGGUAUAAAAGAUUCUUCCUACCGGAUGAAGUGCCUCUUAUGCCUACCGAAAAGCACAGAAAUUUUGGCAUUCAAAAACUCCCCGUCCAACCUGAAGAAGCACAUCGAGAGAAAGCAUGUACACCACCUCAAAAAGUAUGAAGGGCUUACAUCAACAAAGAGAAAAAGGGCUCCUGAGACUCCUACCACCACCUCCAGCAUCAAGCAGACCACAUUGGUGAACUCCAGGACUGUGUCUCAGAGGUCCAUUGACAAAGGUAUAAUGACUUAUGUGGUCCAAGGACUCCGGCCAUUCCAUGUUGUUGAAGAACAAGCAUUUCAAGAUUUUGUGAAGGAACUGCAGCCUAAUGCUAAAAUUAUGUCACGGCUGACUCUGCGCUCUAUGAUUGAUGAUGCCUCCAGGGGAAUGAAGAGGGCUGUGACUGAGGCCAUGAGGGGAGUUGACCAUAUCGCCACCACCACCGACUGCUGGUCUGUCAGAAGGCGGAGCUUCAUUGGUGUUACUGCCCAUUGGAUUGACCCCGACAGUCUCAAAAGAUGCUCAGCAGCCCUAGCCUGUAAACAGCUGAGAGGUUCGCACACAUUUGAUGUGUUGGCAAGUGCCCUGAAUGACAUCCACUCUGAAUUUGAAAUUCGGGGGAAGAUUGUGCGAACAACAACAGACAAUGCCUCUAACUUAAUAAAAGCGUUCAACAUUUUUGGUGAAGAUGAGAACAAUAAUGCCAUUGGAAGUGAUGGUGAUCAUGGCAGUGCAUCUCAACCAGGAGAGGAAGAUGAUGAUCAAGAAGGGGAUGAAGAAGUGGAGUGUGUUGAUGUGUCAAGUUCCAGCUCCCAAAGGCACCAGCGCUGUGCUUGUCACCUACUCAACCUAAUAGCUACUGUUGAUGCCAUGAAAGCAACAUCCAGUGAGGUGUACAAGAAAGUGUACCGUUCAACAUUUGGGAAGUGUAGUGCACUUUGGAACAAAUGUGGAAAAUCCACCCUUGCAGCCGAAAUUGUUGAAGAUGCUUGCUCCCUCCAGCUGCUGUGCCCGAAUUCCACCAGGUGGAACUCCCUGUUCCUGGCAGUGGAAAGACUGCUGAGAAUAAUUAAAGAAAAGGGAGAGGGGACCAUCAGAGUCAUCUGCACUGACUUAAAGCUUCCAAUGUUUAAUCCAGCUGAACUCGCCUUUCUCGCAGAGUAUGCCGCUGUCAUGAGCCCUGUUGCCCAGGCUACCAACAUCUUGCAAGCAGAAGCAAAUGCCAUGAUGGGGUGGCUACUUCCAACCAUCAACCUGCUCACUGUCAAGCUUGACAGAGUCAAGUUUCCACUGAAGUACUGCAAGCCUCUGGUGGGAAUCAUGAACCGUUUUGGCCACAUGUCAGGAGAACCAGAGUUGAUCGCUGCUGCAAUUCUGCUUCCGAAAUUCCGAACGAUGUGGACAAAGGAUGAAGCCACAAUCAAAACGGGAACUGACUACAUCAGGCAGCAUCUAGAAGAGCCCUCACUGCAGAUAGGCCAUGCCAGCAGGUCCACUUCGUUUGAUGAAGAUGACUUUUUCUCUGCCCUGCAGUCAUCUCAAAUACAAGAUGGCGCCAAACCGCUGGAUGGGUACUUGGCCUGUUCAGCAGAUCACAUGGACUUGCUGAAGUCCUUCCCAGCAGUGUGCAAGCUUUCUGUGAAGCUGAACACUCCUCUACCUGCCUCGGCGGCCUGUGAAAGGCUAUUUAGCAUCGCAGGACUUGUCUUCAGUCCAAGAAGAGUAAGACUGAAUUCUGGCAACUUUGAAAACCAGCUUCCUUUGAAGAUGAACAGACACCUUUUCAGUUUAAACUAA